AUGGACGCUGCGCUUAGGCACCACGGGCGGGUGAUGGUGACGUCAGGUCGGCCACGGCUCUGUUACUGGAUGGAGAGUCGGAUAUCCGGAUGGCUGGACGGAUAUCCGGAUGAAUGUCGCGCGAGGAGUCGGCUUUACUGGCCCGAGCUGAUCGAAGGGACGCGAAAGAAAGGGAAACAGUAA